CAUCUCGUCACGCGAGCGGGAAACAUAUGAAGGUAAAUCCCAUGUCGUUAAUUAAUCAAUUACCGUCUCGUUCUCCCUAAACGGUUUCCACAGGUAUCCUUUCCACUCCCCGUCGUUUGAUCAUUCUGUUACCAUAGGAAUCCCACGAUGGGAGCUGAAAAGUGUCAGGGAGCGAUAGCGCCUAUUCGCCCGCCGAAGGUAUGCGCCUCACCGGCUGGGAGUGGCUAUAAAUAAGUCACGGAAGUCACGGUAUCGGGGGUGGUACGGUGGUGGUACGGUGGAAGGUCGCGCGAUAGUACCACCGCACGCGAUCCACCGCCAGGCUCCGCGGUUCCGUUAAAAGCGCCGUUCGAUUUUCUUCGCCGACUUCUCCCAGCCGUGUCAUCGAUUGGCCGGCCGUUCGCGUUCUCCGAGGAGUCGGCGGUAGAGGGUGGACGGCGCAAGACGGCUGGCGGAAUGCUGGCGACGAACGGCGCUUACGGUUGCCGCGCUCACCCCUUCGCCGGCAGUCCGACCAGCGUCGCGACCACCGGCAAUUUCGCGGCGACGCGGCUGAAAUUCCUGCCGAGGAGCGGCCCGAGGCUGAAGACGUCGUCCGGUGUCACUAACUGCAUGGACCCGGCGUGCGCCGCGCGGAUGAAGCGACUGAAGAACAGGAAAGCUAAUGGCGCGCCGAGGAUGGAUCUGAGCAAGAAGAAGCCGGCGGAUUACACGGAGUUGGCGUACAGGGAAGCUAUAUCGAAGUUGAAGUACUUGUUGGCCGAGUCCUACGCGCCGAAUCCUGCGACGCCCGGAACAAAGCCGCAGAGCAUCCGAAACGUAUACAAGAACAGUAAUCUGCGGAUCAGCGAGUCCGGGGAAGAUACGGAUGACCAGAGCGUGAUCAGCGGCAGCUUCCGGAAGAAGGACCUCGCCGGGAACGCGGCCUCGUACCCUCCGCUGUCGAAGACUAUGCAACCAACGAAGGCGUAUAGCAACAUAGCGCUCUCGAGGGCCGACCUGCAGUCCAUACCGCCGGAGUUGACGUCCUUCAUCGAGCGACAGGAGGACUACAUCGAGCAGCUCGAGCGAGAAUCGCAAUAUUGCCGAGACGAGCUGAUCAAUCUGCUGAGUAAAGUACGAGAGGUAGUGGCCGAGAACGAGGCGCUCCACAGCAAGAAUCGGGCCGCGUUGUCGAAAUGCGCUCUGCAGGAUCACUGCGUCCAGGUGGACCACGAGUGUCACGUCGAGCGGGACGGACGCGACGCCGACAGCUCGGAGAGCAAGAAGGAGAAGCAGCCGCUGGUAGGGCCCAGCAUAGUGUUCGAGUCGAGAAUCAGCGAGCUGGAGGCGCAGCUGACGCAGGCGAGGCUGGAGCUGCGGAAGGCGCAGGAGGAGAAUCAAGCGAACCUGAAGCGUUUGGCCGACAGCUGCUCGAACGAGGGCGGUCCCGAGAUGCGGGCUGAGCUGGACAGAGCUCUGCGCGCCAAGUACGAGGCCGAGAUGAAGCUGGAGGAGUCGCAGAAGCUGCUGUCGGCCGCGAGGGACAAGGAGACCGAGGCGACCCAGAGGGCGAAGCGAUCCAUGGACGAUCGGCAGCAGAUCGAGUUCGAGCGUAGUCAGAGCGAGAUGGAGAUACGGAGACUGAAGGACGAGCUGGAGCGGCAACAUGAGAAGCUGCGCGAGGCGGCUCAAGAAGCGAACAGACGUAUGACCGAGGAGAGGCAGCAGCUGGAACGCCGGUACAAUCAGCAGGUUGAGCAGCUCUCCGCGGACAUCGCCUCCCACUGGGAGACCGCUAACAAGUCGCAGCUGGAGUCCGAGAAGCAGCGAAGGGAGAUCAACGAGCUCAGGAGGGAGCUGUCCCAGAAGCAAACGUCCACCGACAACCUGAAGAAGGAAUUGCAGAACAAGAUAUCUACCCUGCAGAGCGACCUGAAUCAGGUCUUGAGCGAGAAGGACGCGGCGGAGCAGGAGGUCCUGACCGGCAAAUUGGCGGCCGAGCGUAGCGAACGGCAGGCCCGCCAGGAGCAGAGCAGAUUGCAGACCGAGAUCAACUCGUACAAGCAGCGUCUGGAACGGGCGGACGCCGACCUGGUGCACUGCAGACGAGAAAAUCUCCGACUGUCGGAGCAGAUAGCGUCCUUGGAGAAAGAGAUAAGUAUGAGCAAAAUCACGCACCCCGAGGGCAGUCAUAGUCAGGUUACGCCUAGGGUGGAAAACGAGAAGGAACUGACUUCCAUGAUAAUGGACAUGGAGACUAAGCAUGCUACUACGGUGGCAGGCCUAGAAGACGCCCUGAAUAAUCAGGCCACGCUCGUCUCGAGACUGACUGCCGAAUGCCAAUCUCUCACACACCGUUUGGAAGCUAACAAUCUUAAACACAAGGAAGAAAUGGCCGGCCUACAAAGCAACAUAGAACACUUAUCGAAUAAAAUACAAGGCAGCUUUGCGAGUCACGAAGGAGGGACCUCCGUGGAAAUUAACGACGGCACGCCCGCAGCUUUUCAAUAUAAUCGUGCGAUGGAUUCAGUAGCCCCGCCGUCGUCGAACGGAUUACCGGCCGGUGAGGACGAUGUUCCGCGAAUGAUUCAUCAUCAGGCGUACGAAGCCGCCUCGCCCGGUCAACGGGACGUGACGGGUGAAGCCUAUUCGAAGAGGGACGAUCAGGACUUGCACGGCUCACGGUUGGACGAUGAACAGCGCGCCGACUCCGCGCCGAACGCAAGCACGGAGUUGUAUCAGAGGGAUGUUCACGAGCGAGAGUACACUGCGAACGAUCCGAGUAUGGAUACCUACGUGGCCGAGCAGGAUUACAAUCAGUACGGUGGCUAUGACGCUUCGCAGUAUCAGGAGGAACAGUAUGCUAACAACGAACAGUUCGACGUAACAGCGCAGCCGAUGGAGGAAAGCCAGAUUGUCGCCGACACGAGCGGACCCUUGCAGGAGGAGGCCUUGCACUAACGUAUAACUUUGUAUUAACGACACACGCGUAUAAGUAAUAUAAUGUUUGUGAACAUAUAUCCAGAAGAUGUAAACAGAAUACAAGGCAAUGUGUAAACCGA